GUCUGGGAAAUGGAGCACAGGAGCAGGCUAGACCUUGAAAAACCAGGCAAAGCAUGAAAAAAAGUCUUCUGUGAAGUUCAAUGGGAGGUUGACUGUUAUAUCUCACAUCCCGUAAAUGUUGAGUGUAGUUCAGGUUCCUGUGACAGGGAGUUAGUUCCCUGUGGGCAUGUAGGCUGCUGCCAGCAGUGCAAUGCGCUUCACUGAGAAGUCACGAAAGUCUUGGAUUGAGGAAACCUUCUUCAAGAGAGAGUGUGUGAAGUUUAUCCCUUCCUCUCGGGACCUACACAGAUGUAUUCCAGUAUGCCAAGUAUGCCAAAACUUGAUCAGAUGUUGUUGUGGCCGCCUGAUGGGGGAGCACACUUGGCAAGAGUCCCCUCCCCCUAUAUCCCUUUAUCCUGGUCCUGGACAGGACAUGGAAGAGAACUGGUCCAUAGAGCUCCAUACCAAAGCCAGUCCCACCAAUGCCUAUGGGACCAUAGACUUUCAGGACACAGCCACACGCGUCUGCCGGGCUAAGUAUGUUCGUGUGGCUGUGGACUCGAAACCAGAGGUGCUGCUCCAACUGAUGCUGAGGGAGUGGCAGAUGGAGAGACCCAAGCUAUUACUCAUCGUCCAGGGAGGCUCAGAAAACUUCACCCUGCCCCCUAAAGUCAAGCAGGCCUUCAGCAAAGGGCUGAUCACUGCUGCUGUCAGCACAGGGGCAUGGAUACUCACUGAUGGCAUUAAUACAGGUGUGUCUAAGUAUGUGGGUGAGGCAGUUAAAACAUUUGGGGGCCAUGACCUGAGGAAGAGAAACACAGUCGGCAUCACACCAUGGGGAGUCAUUGACAACAACGUGGACCUUAUAGGUAGAGACGUGUUCAGGCCCUACCAGCCACUGGGUAACCCUUUGAGCAAGAGGGCCUGUCUUAAUGGUUUCCACUCCCACUUUCUGUUGGUGGAUGAUGGAACGCUGGGAAAACAUGGCUGCCAGCAAGGCCUCAGGAGGAAGCUGGAGAAACACAUCCAACUACAGAAGAUACACCCUCGACUGAACCAAGGAGUGCCUGUGGUGUGUGUGGUGGUGGAGGGAGGCCCUGCCAUUGUGUCCACAGUGUUGGACUAUGUUAGCAGUGUGCCCCCUGUGCCAGUGUUUGUGUUCGAGGGGUCGGGCAAGGCCGCUGACCUGCUCGCCUUCUUACACAAGCAGACUGCUCAUGACAGGCAGUUGGAUGCUGACAUUAAAGAGGACUUCCUUGUCAGGAUUGGAGAUGUGUUUGGAGUAGAGAGAGCAGAAGCCUCUCAGCUCUACAGUCUCCUCUUGCAGUGUAUGGAUCACAGGCAGUCUAUAACCAUCUAUGACUCAGAGUCAGAGGACCAAAUGGCACCUGAUGCAGCCAUUUUGACAACUACUCUUAAGGGAACCAAGGCCACUCCUGCAGAGCAGCUGAGUAUGGCUCUAGCCUGGGACAGGGCUGACAUUGCACAGAAAAAUGUCCUGGUGUACGGACAGCAUUGGCAGGUGGGGUCGUUGGAGCAGGCCAUGCUGGAUGCUCUGGUGAUGGACCGGGUCAGUUUUGUCAAACUACUGAUUGACAAUGGCAUGACUAUGAGCCGCUUCCUCACUGUGGAUCGCCUUGAGGAGCUCUAUAACACGGGGCAGACGGGCCGCUUCCUCCACCACCUUGUUGAAGAUGCGAAACAGACUUCUCUUCCCAUAGGUUACCGUCUUUCUCUCAUUGACAUGGGCCUGGUGAUAGAAUACCUUAUAGGAGGAGCGUACCGCAGCACCUACACACGGAAAAACUUUAGAGCUGCCUACAGCCGCCUGCAGGACAAAGGGGGUAGACGGGACAGUUCCACCUCCUUGUCCAAACAGAGACGGGGAUUAAUACCAAAUUCUAAGAUGGGCAGGAGUCGCCAGGACCUGCCUUUCUGUAGAACUGCUCAGCCCUACAAACCCAAGGAGCAAGAUGUGUCACCCGGGAGCAGUCGAGAGAUCACGUUCAGCCGUGGCCUUGCCGAUGCUCCACUGCUGGUUCCCUUUAACUUCAAUGACCUGUUUGUGUGGGCUGUGCUUCAUCAACGUCAGCCGAUGGCACUGUUCCUGUGGCAGCACGGCGAGGAAGCGCUGGCACGUGCCACUGUGGCCUGCAAGCUGUACCGCUCCAUGGCCUCUGAGGCACGGCAGAGCAGUAUGGACGACAACAUUGCAGAGCAAUUCAAGACAUACUCGCUUGAGUUUGGUCAGCUGGCGGUGGAUGUGUUAGACUGUGCAUUUCGUCAGAAUGAGCAGAUGGCCAUGAAGCUGUUGACUUCAGAGAUGGAGGCAUGGAGCCACUUUACCUGUCUGCAGAUGGCCGUCUCCUCAUGUCAUAGACCAUUCGUCUCACACUCCUGCACUCAGACCCUCCUCACAGAUCUCUGGACUGGUCCACUCAACAUGAGAAAAAACUCAGUUUUGAAGAUAGUUUUGAGCCUUCUUCUGCCCCCUGCCAUCUUGCUACUGGAGUUUAAAAGCAAAGCUGAAAUGUGCCAUGUUCCACAAUUCCAUGAGGCAAUGCUGUUUGGACUGGACUCUGUGAAGUCAGGACCAACCCCUGAGGGAGCUAAUCACGCGGUCAGUCAGGAUGCAGAGCGAGGCCUGUCUUUCCAUGACAAAUGUCUUAGUCCCGUGUCAGAAACUGUAUCUUCUAUGACCAUGCAUUGUCUGUCCUGGGUCAAAAGAAUCUAUGAAUUCUACACAGCUCCUGUUGUCAAGUUCUGGUUUCACACAAUGUCCUACUUGGCCUUUCUGAUGUUAUUUUCGUACGUUGUACUAGUGGAGAUGGGGGAUCAACCCAGUGUUCAGGAGUGGCUGGUCAUAGCUUACAUCUUGUCCACUGCAGUGGAGAAAACCAGAGAGGUACUAAUGUCCGAGCCGAGGAAGCUGAGCCAGAAGCUGAAGAUUUGGUUUUCAGAGUACUGGAAUGUAUCAGAUUUCAUAGCCGUCCUACUCUUCCUGGCUGGACUGGCAAUGCGUUGGUUUGCUAAUCCAUACCGGACGGCAGGACGCAUCAGUUACUGUCUGGACAUCAUCUUCUGGUUCGUCAGGGUGAUGGAUCUGCUAGCUGUCAAUCAGCAUGCUGGCCCUUACCUCACCAUGAUCACUAAAAUGACCAGUAACAUGUUCUUCAUAGUGGUGAUGAUGGCAAUAGUGCUGCUGAGCUUUGGUGUGUCCAGGAAGGCCAUCCUUUCACCAAAUGAGGAGCCGUCCUGGAGCCUAGCUCGAGACGUAGUCUUCCAGCCCUACUGGAUGAUCUUUGGAGAGGUCUAUGCAUCAGAGAUAUAUGCAUGUGACGACGAUAAUCCAUGUCCUCCUGCUUCCUUUAUCACGCCAUUCCUCCAGGCUGUCUAUAUGUUCUUCCAGUAUAUUAUCAUGGUCAACGUUCUCAUUGCGUUUUUUAACAACAUCUACUUUGACAUGGCAUCAACAUCCAAUAAGUUGUGGAAGUACAAUCGUUAUCGCUACAUAAUGACCUAUCAGGAGAGGCCGUGGCUGCCACCACCCCUUAUCCUCCUCAGUCACAUGAGCCUAGGUUUGAGUGCCAUGUACAGGAAAUGUAGUGGAGAUGCUGAACGGGAGGAGCGAGGCUCUGGACUUAAGCUCUACCUGGGCCACGAGGAUCGCAAAAAACUCCAUGAGUUUGAGGAGAAAUGUGUGCAGGCCUACUUCCAUGAGAAGAGUGAAGGUCUCCACAGCAGUCAAAUCAACAGGAUCAGAGCCACAGCUGAGAGAGUCGAAGAGAUGUGCAUGAUGGUUGGGGAGGUCUCAGAGAAGGUCAUAUUCAUUCAGGACGGCCUGUCGGAGUUGGACUGUCAGCUGGGUCAACUCCAGGACCUUUCGGCACUGGCCGUGGACACCCUGACUCUGCUCUCUGCUUCUGACAGCCUACACCAGGAGGAGGCACGCCUGGCUCAAUGUCGACCCGUCACAGCGUCCCAGCACAUCCUCUCUCACAGCUGUAGCCUACCGCAUAGAAGUGGAGCAGACUGUGAUGUACUUAAUAUGCGGCGAGUGAUGGCAAAGUCGUGUAAAAGUACCCCGCCUUCUUUGCUGAAGGGCUGCACUGUGGUGACGAGUAGAGUGGCAUCACAGGAGUGCCAUGUCGGAGCCAGGGGGGGCAGGGGAAGAAGACAAGGCGAGGGAGAGGAAGGAACAAAGGAGGAUUCACAGGCAGCUACUGUUGAUUAUCCCAGUGAUAAUUGGCUUGGAGUUUCUAGACCUGCUUCCCAUGCUUCCCUCUCUCACUUUUACGGAGGCGGAGUUCCUCUCGGUGGUUUCAGGGAUCAGACACCCUGUCACUCAUGUGGACCGUCCCGCUGCGGGUCUCCUCUUUCUCCCAGAGGCGUAGAGUCACCACAUUAUAAACUCUUGACAGGUGACCCAUUCCUGUAUCCUAGUCAGGAAACUUCCAUGGAAGAGGAGGAAGAAGUGGAGGAAGAAGAAGAGGAGGAAGAAGAGGAAGAGCAUGAGGAAGAUAAGGCACAGGAACAACUGUCUAAUAUAGUAUCCAGAGCCUCUAGCAACGCUGUCCUUCUGUCUGACCCUCGAGACAUCUCUGAGGGUUUGGUAAAUCCUGCCUUUUCUCAGGAUGACAGCCAACCAAGUUCUCUGUCCAGACCUUCCAGCCAAUGGGGAAGACCUGUGAAAUCCCACAGGUGGACGUGUCUGUCCAGAGACCGUCCCUACGGCCACUGCAGGUCUCUGUCAUCCAGCGUGGAGAACAUUUUUUUCUCUGGCGCACCCCUGAGUCCAAUGAGGGGAUCAUUUUCUUCUCUUAACGAACUAUUGAACAAAGAGAGUUUGUCUGAUGGGAGGAGUUUAAGGGACAACACAUCGCUAUGUUGCAGCAGGAGCAGAGAGUGGUCCAAGUCCUCUGACUUCAGUCAAGUCUUAGACAGCAGGGGCAAAAACCAGAACAGGAAGACAGUGAAGAUACAAGAGAGCAGUCCAGAUACUUCCCAUUUGUCUGAUGCUUGCUGGAAAAGGCACCGGAGAUUGAGAGAAGAAUCUACAUGUUGGUCAGCUUCAACCAGCCUCAGUCAGCUCAAUUUCGAAUCAGUGGAUUUGAUGCAGAAGCAAGUGUUUUCCUAUCAGGAUAUGUGGAGCCCCACUCAUUCAGUAUGGAACAGUUGGGCCAGAUCCAUGAGUCGUAGGUCUUCUUUACAGAGUGGGAUUACCCCUGAAGCAAAGAGCCCCUCAUUCCAGUCCACUGACAAUUUGUAUCCGCACUAUUCAGCUAUGGAGAGAAACAAUCUGAUGAGACUGGCUCACACCAUUCCCUUCACUCCUGUUUCCAUUCUGGGAGGUGAAGAGGUGAGCAUCUACUCUUUGGAGGAAGUGACCUCUGACACUGAAUCUGGCACGGUCUCCUCCUGGUCGUCACGAGGCCUUUCUGCCAUGCUGCAGCCACUUUCCAGUGAAGAGGGCUCUCUGGAUGGGGGUCUCCGGCGUGGCAGCAGGGUGCUCUGUACUUGGGCAGAACGGGACGUGCUCAGACCUGGUCUUGUAUAUAUUGUCAAAGCCUUCAAACCAGAGGUGGUUCGUGCCUGGCAGAGGUACUUCCAUGGCAGCACGGCACUGCAACUUUGUUUAAGGGAAAUCCAGCAGCAGAGAGCUGCCCAGAAGAUGAUGCAAGUGUUCAACCAAGUCAAACCUGAUGAUAUGCACCACUCGCCAAGGUUUUUAGAUGUAUCGCUGGUCCUCUGGCAUUCGAAUGGCCAGUGGCUGACUAUCGAGAGCAACAUGUCUGGUGACUUCAGGAAGUACAACAACAACACUGGAGAAGAGAUCUCCCCCUGCUGUUCUCUAGAAGAAAUGCUACUAGCAUUCUCCCACUGGACAUAUGAGUACUCAGGCAGAGAGCUUCUGGUGCUCGAUAUACAAGGAGUAGGAGAGGCACUGACCGAUCCAACGGUCAUUAUGGCAGACGAUCAAAGCAGUAACAGGGGUGAGAUGCUUUUUGGUCCUGAUAACCUUGGAGAUGCUGCCAUCAGCGGUUUCCUGCAAAAACACUCUUGUGGGUCCUGCUGCCGCAGACUGGGCCUAGCAGAUUUAAGGAUGUAUCCAGACAGCUACGAGAACAGCAGCGAAAAAGAGUUUACAUCGGGGGAAGAAGAACAGGAGGACGAUGAAACUAGCAUAUAACCUUUCACCCAGGAAGUAGGGGAAAACAGACACACUUUUACCAACACAUGUACUGAGACACUUCUGCCCUAACACUCAUGUUCUCACAAAAUACUCUAUUGGUGUCCUGCAACAUCCCUGAUUGCUUUGCAGUGGAAACCGGAAUAUAGAAGAGUCUGUGACUGGACACUAGAGAUUUAAUUACUAUAAUUUGAACAAAGGAUGCUAAUAUAUUCUUUCAGUAUAUUAAGUAAAUACUGUCAGGAGGAAAGGAGUGUUGCAGAUUAUUUUUUAUAAAAAAGGGUUUAUAUCAUUAAGCUGUAUCUCAUAAAUCAUAAGAGGAAAUGCAGUAGUAACAUAUUUCAAGACUUCACAAAAGUCUAAAUGACUAUUUUUUGCACUUUGUCUAUAAAUAUUUUGAUAUUGAGACAGUGAAAAUUACUGUUAAUUAACAUACACAUAUACAUUAUGGGUUAAUGUCUCAAGGAUAAAAUUGUUUCAUGUUUGGCUAAAAUAAAAUUUGAAAAUCUAACUGUGUAAGUGUGAGACAGAAAAACCAGGCAGAAAUGCACCCAUAAAAUUUCUUUUAUUUUUUUUUCUUCCCACAACAAAAUGUCUACAAAAGCGAUAAAAUAUAGAAUUUAACAAAAAUCACUUCAGACCUUCACAUUGUAUAUACAUCUCAAAGGAGGACUCAGUAAGGGCCCUGCAUAGCUUUGAACUUCAACCCGAUCUGAUCCAUCAAAUUUGGGCGUUUGUGGCUCUCUUUAAUGCAAAUGAAUGCAUGCACACACGCACACACACUCUUUCAUUCUCACGUGAAAAUAAAAAAUAUACAGCAGAGCUUAUGAGUUUAUAGUAAAGUCAGUGUUCAGAGUCUGGCAGAGUCCAGUCUCGCCAAAUGGAAAAAAGCAUAAAAUGUAAAAACGGGUCGUCAGUGUAAUCAGAUACACAGUUUCCUUGGAGUUCCCCUUUUUUGAUUGGUUUCUUAAGUAAACACACACAGUAAAGCAUCUACGCCGCACUCUGCCAAUCACUCCUCCCUUACUAGCUAUGGCACUUUGAAAACAAACAAACAAAAAAGUUUAUUGAUUUUUUUUAGUCCUGUGUAAAAGAAGUUCUGUAGCCCGAACACCUUUUAGGUUUCAGUUACAGAUUGCUACAUUUUGUUUUAUUUGCUCUUGCUGGGAUGCAAAGACAUUCUAAACAAUAAAUUAACAAUUUUUAACACUA